AUGGCCUGCCUUGAGCCCGGAUCUGAACCCAUUGGAGCCUGCCUGGGGCAUUCUUGUACCUCGAGUGCAAGCACUGGGUCCGCCUGUGCAAGACCUGGCAUGUUUGGACGCAGCUUUGCGCCGGGAGUGGCGGCAGCUGCCGCUGGAGCGAAUCCGGAGACUCACUACAAGCAUGAGGAGGAGGUAUUCAUGAAGCGGGAUGAGGAGGAGGAGGAAGAGGACGAGGACAAUGAUAAGGAAGAGGAGGAGGAGGACGAGGACAAUGAUAAGGAGGAGGAGGAGGACAAUGAUAAGGAGGAAGAGGAGGAGGACGACGAGGACAAUGAUAAGGAGGAGGAGGACGAGGACGAGGACAAUGAUAAGGAGGAGGAUGAGGAGGAGGACGAGGACAAUGAUAAGGAGGAGGAGGAGGCGGUGCUUCGAGCCAGCAAGUGCUCUCGUCCACUCUCAUACUCCAGCGAGCGGUGUGCGGAGCGCAUUGGCUAUCUGGAAACGACGCUCGCCGUUAAAGAGUCUCCGUCGAGUCCAUUCUUGCCGCGGCAGUGCUGUAGAGUUGUCGCACCAACUGGAGGCACAGCGUCUGAUAUGAGAGCGGAUAUCGGAAAGGAGAUUUGA